AUGAAAGAAUCAAAGAGCAGGCUGGAGUUACUUCCCGUUGAAGCAAUACAAGCUAUUCAGUGUCUCAUCGAAAACGUCCCUGAUCUAUUGUCCAUCAUUCUCACGUGCAAAGCCACAUACAACGCUUUCCUCUCAGCAGAGCAAUUGAUUCUUAAGCAAGUCCUGACUGAUGAGAUAGGCUCUGAGUUGCUAUCCGAAGCACUUUUAACUGCUUCAAUUUCACGCCAGACACCUGUCAGAGAUGAUGUCCUCGACGAAUACGAUAAUUAUUUUGUCGAGAAUGGUCGAGAUAUCGAGCUUAAAGCCUAUUCCAAUUUGCGACUUUGUGAUGCGCUAUUCCUAAGUGAACUCCAUUCUCAUGUUGUUUAUUUCACGAACGAUUUUAUAUCGAAAGCCUUUGCAUCUUCAAUUUUCACAAAAAACAUCCCAAUAGCUAUGUGGCAACUUCCUGCCUCAGAUGAGGAAAAAAGGAGGAUUCAACGAACUUUCUACCACUUGCAAAUCUAUUGUUGUGUAGUUUACGGGGGUUUUAGCGAUCAUUUACAUUUAGAUCAGAACAGAAUCUUCUUCAAUCAUUUCUCAGUCUGGGAGAAUGAACAGUUAGCUUGCGUUCACGAUUAUAUGUUUCGCAUCAUUGCUCCUGGCUUCGAUGAGCUCGUCGACCAUGAUGUGGAAUGGGCCGAAUGCAGGAUGCAGUACGCUUCUUUUGACGAUCCAGAAUAUAUCGAGCCCCUAAUUGCUCGUGGUCUUUUUGCAAUCCGUGACAUGCUCGAAGCGAAGAGCUACGAACAAAUUUGCAAAGCCUACUGUCAAGAUUCUCCGAAGCAUUCGUCACAUCUCCUUGAUCAUGGGCUUAGGAAUUCCACAGAUGGUAGUGGGGAAGAUGAAUUGUAUCAUUGGCUUGAGGAUUAUUCCAACGAAGAUGAUGAUAAAUAUGUCAAUAAGUCUGUAUGGUGUGAUGAUGAUGAUGACAAGGGACCUGAACUUGUAUGGAGGUGGGCACACCAAUUAUUCAAUAGUAUUGAGUUUGUUUUAUGCGAUAAGCAUAGAUUUGAGCGAGAAUGGGGUUAUGUGAUGUGGGACCAUAGUCGACUUCUAGAAUUGCGUGUGAUGGAGAACGAAUGGAAGAUGACGGAAGAUGCUGAGAAGGGUAGAGGAUCACGACCGUCAAAGGAAUCUAUGGACAGGAGGGAGAAAAUAUAUCUCGCUGGUGGUAGGGGAUGGUGGACUGCUGAGGACGAGAGCAAAGUAGUUUGGCCACACGGUUGUGCGCCAUGGGAUAAACCUAAAGAGCCUGAUAGAUGGGACUCGAAAGAUGGAAGAUCAAUUGAAGAGGCGAAGGAGUUCCUGAAGAAAUUGAAACUACCUACCUUGAGAUAGGUUUCUCUUUUCUCACGACGCAAACUAACUACUAGGU